UCGUUAUCCCAGAAUCCCCUAGUUGCUCUGUGUUGGUUGAGAGACAGAGAGAGGGAGGGAGUAUCAUCUCGGCGAUAAUGUGAAAUGCAUGAACUGGAUACGUGAGCGCAGCGGUAAGAACUUUUCAAGGGAGGGAGAAGUUGGAAAAUGCUGCCUAACCUUUCGCUGCAGGCUACUGAAACGUUUAACAGAGGGUGAAGCUGCAGGAGGCACCGAAAUAGUAGAUCUAAACUGCAAAGAAUCGUUUAGCGUUCGAAAUAGUUCACCCGAGUCGUAGUUUUAGGCUACACUACAUUUCGACUGGAUUUAGAAAUAACGGUUGAUUUUUUUUACAUCCUCCGCCAAGAACGCCCUUUGGAGAUAAUAGAUUUCCUGCGGACCCGAGGGCUGAUCACACUGAACAACACUGGAAAACAUCUGACACCGCUGGUUGUUGUGAUGAACCAAUGUUAGGUCAGUGAACAGACAACGGAAGAUUCCGAAACGUGGAGAACCGUGGGCAAAAAAAAAGAAUGAGGGGGAAAACUACGGUUAUUCGAGGAGGAAAAGAAGAAAAGGAGUGAGAUCUAACAGACUACUUGAAAGUGUGAGGGUAUGCACGAGACAACAGGCGUUUGAAUAGUUAGAACACAAAAUCAAAGUGUGUUUCCAGUAGGCUAUUGUGUAAAACUGGACCAAACAGCGGUAGGCUAUUUGCAACAUCGUCAAUAUAGCCUAAUCCUAACACACGCUGGACACCCCCACCAGACUCGCUGAACUUUUCAAAUCAAGUAAAGUUGGAACAACGGGGGUGUUGCAUAUCAUAAUGAUACAUAGUAGCCUACGCUGUUGAAGUGAUCCCUGGGUAGAAAAGGGUAGUUUGAACAAAUGUCCGCCUGUAGCAGCUCCUCUCCUCAGCCUUUUCCAAGACUCUAUCCUGUGGCUCAACAUGUCGCUGCCCCACCGACUCCCUCACCAUCCCCGAGUCCGCCGGCGACCCUCUACAACCGCCUGUCGAACGGGAGUGUCUGCGCCCCGAGCCCCACAAACUCCAGAGGCUCGUUUCAUGGAGUCUCUUUCCUGCUCCAGAUUGGACUCACCAGAGAAACUGUGAACCUGGAGGCUCAUGACAUGUCCCUCAACGCUGUGAAAGACCUGGUGUGCUCGAUAGUGGACCAGAAGUUUCCGGAAUGUGGGUUCUUCGGCAUGUACGACAAGAUCCUGCUCUUCCGCCACGACCUCAACUCUGACAACAUCCUGCAGAGGUUGACUUCAGCCGAAGACAUCCACGAGGGGGACCUGAUUGAGGUCGUUCUGUCUGCGCUCGCCACUGUUGAGGACUUCCAGAUCCGGCCGCACACUCUCUACGUGCACUCCUACAAGGCGCCGGCCUUCUGCGACGACUGCGGGGAGAUGCUGUGGGGCCUGGUGCGCCAGGGACUCAAAUGCGAAGGGUGUGGACUCAACUACCACAAGCGCUGUGCCUUCAAGAUCCCCAACAACUGCAGCGGGGUGCGCAAGCGACGCCUGUCCAAUGUCUCUCUGCCCGGCUCCUCGCUGUCCAUCCCGCGUCCGGCUCCCAUCGAGACGGUCGUCGCGUCCCCGGAGGAGGUGAGCAUGCAGCGCCCCCUGUUGGAGGCCGGGAAGCGCAUCCCGUCCUGGAGCGGCCGCCCCAUAUGGAUGGACAAGUUGGUCAUCGGGCGGGUCAAGGUGCCGCACACCUUCAACGUGCACACCUACACGCGGCCCACCAUCUGCCAGUACUGCAAGCGGCUGCUCAAGGGCCUCUUCCGCCAGGGCAUGCAGUGCAAAGAUUGUAAGUUCAACUGCCACAAGCGAUGUGCCUCCAAAGUGCCAAGAGACUGUCUUGGAGAAGUAGUCUUCAAUGGGGAGCCUGCCAGCCCGGGGCCUGACUCUGAGGUCACUAUGGAAGUGGACAACAGCGACGUGAACAGCGAGGGCAGCCGCGGCAUGGACGACGCCGAGGAGGUGUCCACUCCAGAGGACAAGAUCUUCUUCAUGGACUCUCCCUUCAUGGACGCAGACAAGGAUGAUGGAGAGACAAUCAAAACCAUAAGUCCAUCCACGAGCACGAACAUCCCGCUCAUGCGUGUGGUCCAGUCCAUCAAGCACACCAAGCGGCGGAGCUCCACGGUGGUGCGGGAGGGCUGGAUGGUGCACUACACCAGCAGAGACAACCUGAGGAAGAGGCAUUACUGGAGACUGGACAGCAAGUGUCUCACUCUCUUCCAGAACGACGGCGGAGCCAAGUUUUACAAGGAAAUCCCGCUGUCGGAGAUCCUACAGGUGGACACAGCCCAUGACUUCCGGAGCCUGGCGCAGGGGGGCAACUCGCACUGCUUCGAGAUCAUCACCGACACCAUGGUGUACUACGUGGGGGAGAACACGGGCGGGCACUGCCACAACCCCGCGCUGGCGGCCUCGGGCGUGGGCCUGGAGGUGGCGCAGGGCUGGGAGAAGGCCAUCCGCCAGGCCCUGAUGCCCGUCACGCCGCAGCCCAGCGUCUGCACCGGCCCCGGCCAGGGCAAGGACCACAAUGAGCUUUGUGUCAGUAUAUCAGUGUCAAACUCCCAGAUUCAGGAGAAUGUGGAUAUCAGCUCCGUCUACCAGAUCUUUGCCGACGAGGUCCUGGGUUCGGGACAGUUUGGGAUUGUCUAUGGUGGCAAGCACAGGAAGACCGGAAAAGACGUCGCCAUUAAAAUUAUCGACAAGAUGAGAUUCCCUACCAAGCAGGAGAGCCAGCUGAGGAACGAGGUGGCCAUUCUGCAGAGCCUGCACCAUCCUGGCAUCGUCAACCUGGCGUGUAUGUUCGAGACUCCGGAGCGGGUCUUUGUGGUCAUGGAGAAGCUCCACGGCGACAUGCUCGAGAUGAUCUUGUCCAGCGAGAAGAGUCGCCUUCCCGAACGGCUCACCAAGUUCCUGGUCACCCAGAUUCUGGUGGCUCUGAGACACCUCCAUUUCAAAAACAUUGUCCAUUGUGACCUGAAACCAGAGAACGUGCUGUUGGCAUCGGCAGAGCCCUUCCCACAGGUGAAGCUUUGUGACUUCGGGUUUGCCCGCAUCAUCGGGGAGAAGUCCUUCCGUCGCUCCGUGGUGGGCACCCCUGCCUACCUGGCCCCUGAGGUGCUCCGUAGUAAAGGCUACAACCGCUCCCUGGACAUGUGGUCGGUGGGGGUCAUUGUCUACGUCAGCCUGAGCGGAACGUUCCCCUUCAACGAGGACGAGGACAUCAACGACCAGAUCCAGAACGCCGCCUUCAUGUACCCACCCAACCCCUGGAAAGAGAUCUCUGGGGAAGCAAUCGACUUGAUAAACAACCUACUUCAAGUGAAGAUGAGGAAGCGUUACAGUGUGGAUAAAUCACUUAGUCACCCAUGGCUGCAGGACUACCAGACCUGGUUGGACCUUCGGGAGUUUGAGACGCGCCGUGGAGAGCGAUACAUCACCCACGAGAGCGACGACGCUCGCUGGGAGGAGUAUGCGGACGAGAGGAGCCUGCCCUACCCCAAGCACUUCAUCAUGGCUCCAAACCUGGACGACAUGGUGGAGGACCCCUAGCUGCUGGGAGGAUGAACUACAACUUCUCCAAAAGUGGUUGGAGGAGGAUAGUUGAUUUUCCUCAGACUCUAGGGCAGAGCAGGUCCUGUGGUCAUAUGGAAUCAUCUGCCUUUAGAAAAUGGUUUCGUGAGGAACUUCGGGGGAAAGAGACAUGGGGGGUCUUGUCUUGCACCCGUGUCCAUGCCCUGUUGCAUGAAAACCGUGAGUCCUGCGCAGGACUUUGGUGCCUGUUGUGGUGUGUGCAACAGUGCCCUACCACUGUUGACACACACAAUCAGGGCGCGGUGGGGAUUUUUCAGGUUUCUUUCUUUCUUUUUUUUCGUUUUUUUUUUUUUCUUAAAGAACAUUCCAGAGAUUGGAUGGGGCGCUCGCUCUUCUCUUUCGGUCUCUAGUCUCUGCUGCCUUUUUCAGCUAGCCAUAACACGAGUCUCUUGAGCCUGAAAGAUAAACGUUGAGUGUUUGGGAACCCUUCUAUUAGAGUUAGUUAAUAAACAUUUGCACUGCCAUUCAAAACCAGCAAAGGGCCCACGGUCUGGACCAAAUCCAAGAGAGAUGGAUGCUUGAGAUUUUUAGCUUCUACCCAGCGUAUUUUUCUAAACUCCUCGUCUUGUGUUUUUAAGAUGUUACCCAAAACUACAAGUGAUUUUAGCUUGCUUGAGAGUAUUUUGGAAAUACAUUCAUAUGCAAUGGUUUUAUGUGAGGCUUUUAAACUGGAACACAUAAGAAAUGUAUACUGUGCAAAGAUAUUUUACAUCCUUCUUCUUCGCUGAAGCAUAGUGGUCCUAAAAUCUUUGUGUUGUAAAUGAACAUGUUUGCCCCAGUUGCCUUGGAAACAAAAUCUGUUUUCUGGGUCUUCUGGAUAAAUCACUGUCACUGUCACUUGUGUUUUGCUUUCUGAAGUUGAAGAGUGUUUAGCCUUUCAUAUUAACGGCCAUCUUUAACGUGUUCAUGCUGCUGGUGGCGCCUGUUGUAAGCAGCCCCUCAUGCCUUUGAUGGAUGAAGGAGCGUGAAAGUAGCUGUUCAGCUAGUCUCCUCACACCCAGGCAAACCUAGAUGAAGAAGUUGUUUGAAUAACACACACACACACACACACACACACACACACAGUAUGCUCUGUCCAAGUGUGAAACAUCAGCACAAGAGCUGUUGAGUCCCGUCUCUGUUUCGUUUAUAUCUAUGACUACCAGCAAAAUCCUGAGAAAAGACACAGUUGGGAACAACAGCGGCCGCUGCAAAAUGGACAAUCAGCCAGCUUCCUCCCGCUGGGCCGCCAAAGACAGAGCACACGAAACAGAGAUAGAACAGUGGAAUGCCCGUUCCCUCUGAGUCCUGAGAAUCUAAGAUAUGAACUUUAAGCAUUUCCCAUUGUGUAUUGUGUAACACUGCUAAAGGGGUUAAAAAGCACAUGAAGAUGGCUGAAGAGUUGUUGGUACAGGUCAAAUAUUUCAGGUCCAGAUGCCUUAAGCACAUGUUAAUAGCCAUUCACCAUGGCGUUGGAGUUUUAAAAUGCUUCUUCUUUUUAACAUGCAGAAGGCUUAAGUCACUCAGUGAAAGUUUGAAUGGAUGCAUUCUCUCACUAUAGGUCUACUUCUACAAAAGGUUUUGAAUUCAGAUAUAUUUUUUCUACCAUUUAUGACCAAAUGUUGUGUUUUUAAUUCUUGGUAAUGUGACAGGUUUAAAUGUUUCUGUGGAUAUGUUAUGAGUGUUUUCAUUGGUCUUGUGUAAUGCUCUGGUCACACUCAUUGUGAGGUGACAAGGUCUGAUUUGAAGGACACAGUGCUUUUGUAUGAACCUACAAAGAGACUCCUAAGGCUUCAUAUUGUUGUGUGUUCACUAUAGGCUUCCGCUCAGGCUUCGACAGUGGACAUGAAUGAACCAUUAAUGCCGAGAUGCUACCGCCAAUAUGUGUACUUUGCCUCAUUACUAUGCUGGUUGGGUUACGAAGACCACAGUGCGUCUUCAAUAGUUCUGUACUCAAUAUGUAUGUUCUAUUUUUAUUUUCCUGUAGUGUGCAAUCACUUCUAAAAAAAAGACUCACUCUGGCUUGUGUUGGUUGAUUGGCAAUACGCUGGUUGCAUGUGUGCAGGAACUCAGUAUGCCUUAAGUAGCGCGUUUGUGUGGGUGUGUGUCCAUGCACACAGAUUCAGGUCGAUUUUGAGUUGGUAUGAAGCAUUUUUUCUCCCCAAAGUGCUUGUGUUCACUAUUAUUUUUGUAGUAUUCUUUAUUCGUGUAGCAUCUAUGUGAAGAUCCUUUUCGUAAGUCUGUUUCUGUAUUUUGUGUGUGUGUGUGUGUAUGUAUGUGUGUGUGUAUGUGUGUGUGUGUGUGUGUGUGUGUGUGUGUGUGUGUUUGGCCUACCUUCACUGAUGCAUUUGGAUCAGGUCCAUCUGCCCUGGCUUGUCCAGAUUUGAUAUUUGAUCCCUCAAUAAGCUCCAAAUUGAACGGAAACAUUACAGUAAGGCUGUGCAUCUGCUGAAAGGGAGGCAGUGGGCAUAAUACUGAUGUUAUGUCUUAACUUUUACAAGCCCCUCACUCCUCCAUUUAGUCACAGCAGAGCCACAAUUAAACAUCCUCUUUGUCAGUAGAGAUCAGCAAUAAAUGUGGUGGAAAUUAGAUUCCAUGACAAUGUUGAGACCGUGUUUACCAGUGAAAGACUCAAAGACCCUAAAAUGACUUUUUUACCCCCUGUGAAAUGCAGACAGUCUGAAUUUGGGAGAGGGGAAAUUUAUUGGAUUACUUUGGGAUUUUGAGGGCUGUGUGGAGUCAUUCCUUUUUUUUUCAUCUUGAACUGUGAUUAUAAUAAGUUGGGUGGAUCCUGUCAAUGCGACCAACCACAGCUACCCUGGGAAGGAUGCCAUAUUUAUAUGUCUAAAAGCACACAUCUAUUGGGUGAUAAACUUCCUGAGAAUCAUAUGAAGCUCAUGCUGCCACUGGAUUGGCAGAUGUCAGUGUUUUGUAUGUUUUACUACUCACAUAUCUUAAUAAAAACGGCCUCUAACAUCUGA